AACGGACCAGUUGUUCAUCUUAACUCAGAUGAGAGAGAUGCUCCUCGCUUUGCUUUGAUUGCUUCAGUGUGACUGGAGCUGGUUUCCAGGAGGAAGAUUCCCAGUCUGCAGGAAGGAGGACUGAAGGCUUGGAGAUGUCUGUCUGGGUAACAUGGACAGUUUGUUUCCUCAGCUUGCUGACCAGGAGCGCCUCUUCAUCCGAGGAGGAGUUUGGAGGCGCGUCUGGAUCCGGGAUGCUGCCAACAGAAGAGGUGAAUAUACUGCAGGAGCUUUUACCCCAGGUGUCGGAGCGCAGUAACUCCUCCAUUAUUGUCGGGGGCGCCAGUUGUCCGUUGGUCAGAGUUGGACAGUACGCCACCUUAACUCUCCCUCUGGAACAGAUUUUCAGCAAUAGACUGCCAGACGAGUUCAGUUUACUGAUGCAGCUUCGUAGUCUUCAGAGGGAAGAACACAGCGUGUUCACCAUCCUCAGCCCCGACAGUCUUAUCAUGCUGCAGAUUCGGAUCAGCGCCUACGCCAUCAUUUUCAUAGGAACGCAGCAGCGCCAUUACGAGUUCCCAAUCAGUGGCCUGUGUGACGGAAAAUGGCAUCACAUAGCCUUCAGUGUGUCCUCCGACCACCUACGGCUGUAUGUGGACUGCUUGCUGCUGGAAAGCGUGGACUGGGUCAACCAUGGCUUGGAGAUCGGAACUGAUGGUCUCCUCAUGGUUGGAGGCAUCCUGGAGGCCUUUGAAGCUCCAUUUGAAGGGGAACUUCGCCAGCUGACCUUCCUGUUAGACGACCCUGAUGCCGCCCGGCAGCAUUGCAGUCACCAUCCCUCUCGCUGCACCAGAUCUGCUCCUAAACCUCCUCGCUCUCCACGUACUAACAGCGCCCUGGAGAAUGCGUCUCGAGGACAAGAAGGGUCUCGUGGGGAUGGAACGAUCCCUUCCUUGCCGAACAGAAAAGGCUCAGUGGGACGUGGAGAUGUGUUUGUGAUUGACGAGGACACCGAUCUGUUAGAUCCAAUAUUUCAAGGUGGUGGAGUAGUGAAUCCUCAGUGGAGACCUUCUAGAAAUGGACAGAACGGCGGGCAGAAGGGUAAACCAGAUGUGUCUUCCAAAAAAGUGGAGGAGAACAUUACAACAGAGAAGGAAACAGAUUCUAGGACUUCAUUGGUUGUUCCUCUAAAGCCUUCAGACAAUAUCAUCGACUUGGAUGUUGGAGGUUCCCCAAAGAAGCCAUCUCUGGGAAUCCCUCUGUUUCCUAAGAUGCCCUCCCAUCCAAGAACAUCAACCGAAUCAAAUGAGCUGAUAGAGGAAUCUCCAGACAGAACAGGUAUUGUUUCACCCACACGCAGCUGGACCCCUAUCGCUGCCCAGACAACCAAACCCCUGGUACAUGGAAGCAAGCCUAACAGUGAAGGCAAAGAUCCAGGCAGAGGCAGGCCUCGGAUUGUGACGACUGAAUCCAGGGAUGGAGAUCUGGUCCUGGGCUCUGAUGGGAAAACGUACAGGCUCAAGAAGGGACCACCUGGCAGGAUGGGACCCCCCGGACCAGAUGGAUGCCCUGGUGACCCUGGUCCUCCUGGAUUAAAAGGCGAUAAGGGUGGAAAGGGUCCUAGAGGCCGACUGGGUAAAAUGGGGGAGCCAGGACGCCCCGGACAUCCAGGUUCACCAACAUUUUAUUUAUGGAGGAACACUGCAGAGGAAUGGGCCGCUUUUAAGCAAACAAAUUUCUACCAGUUACUGUCAGUUGGGUGGCCUACUAAGGAAGGACCUGAAGGCCCACCUGGAGAGAUGGGGAAACCUGGAAUACAGGGGCCACCUGGUGCACCUGGGGAGGAUGGACAACCAGGGAUGCCAGGGGAAAUGGGGGAUCCAGGCCCUAGGGGGCCUCCAGGACGGCCUGGGACUCCAGGGAAAGAUGGGGAAGAUGGCACAGAUGGUCAGCCUGGGACACCUGGUCCUCCUGGAUCACAUGGCCCGUGGGGGUACAGAGGAGAACGAGGGCCCAAAGGAGAAAAAGGUGAUGAGGGUCUGGUUGGUGAUCGGGGCCCAGAGGGGGAAAUUGGUGAACCUGGUGAGAAGGGUGCAGUUGGUUUGCCAGGUCCACCGGGUCCCAUUGGACCACCAGGGCAUCCAGGUGUCAGAGGUGCAGAGGGACCAGAAGGGCCAGCUGGGCCUGAUGGUGAGAACGGACUGGAUGGCCCCACGGGCCCCCCAGGGCCACCAGGUGCUCCAGGAUUGACGGGAAGAGUUGGUGCUCAAGGAGUUAAUGGCUCAAGGGGAGAAAUUGGACCAGCUGGUGGUGUUGGCCCCCAAGGUCCUCGGGGACCUCCAGGUUUAGAGGGACAGAUUGGACCUCCGGGACAUAGAGGACCACAAGGUUAUCCAGGACUGAUUGGUGCAGCUGGUCCUAAAGGAGAUCUCGGGCCUGUGGGGCCAGUGGGCCCUCGGGGGGAUCCUGGAUUUGAGGGCCCCAUGGGUUUGCCAGGGAGACCGGGUCAUCUGGGUUUCCCUGGAGUCACGGGUAACCGUGGACCUGAUGGGGACAAGGGGGAUUUAGGAGCUAAAGGCGACAAAGGAGUUCAAGGGGCUGCAGGCAUUAGGGGCCCUCAAGGCGAAAGAGGCCCUAUUGGUUUACCAGGCUUCCCAGGGGUCAGUGGUCCACCUGGCCCCAGAGGUGCUGAGGGGGUAGAUGGUGAAGCAGGCCUUCAGGGGAAACAGGGCAGACCAGGAAUAAAGGGGAACAGAGGAGAAAAUGGACGUCCUGGCAGACCUGGACCUAGAGGAAACAAGGGUUACUCUGGGCUACCAGGACCGCAGGGAGCAGAAGGAAAGCCUGGUACACAGGUUCCCGUUCUCUAUCAUAUUCAAAUCCCAUCACAUCUAACAUGA